AUGCUUCUUACUGGGGCUUCAAUAUCUCGCCUGUCACCCCGAAUCUCUAGGCACUUUUUCCCUCGGCGCCCCGUGUUUCAACGCCCUGCAUCACCAGUACGCGCUUGCUCACAAUUAUGCUAUCCACUUCUCGACGCAACCAAGAAGCUCGAGGAAGAGACACUGCCAUGGUAUCAGGUGAUUGGUAAAUUGGGCUACGGUGGAUAUUCAACCGUGUGGCUGUGCAGAGACCUACAGAUGCAUGAUUAUAUCACCCUGAAGGUCUUCGAGCGCAAUUCGGCAGAAGGCCAAAGAGAGGUAGAGACCUAUCGUCACUUGAACACACUCGGCACAACAGAUCAUGCUGGUGCUAAGCUUUUCCGCAAAGCGCUGGAUAGCUUCCAGAUUACUUCUGAAGAGGGCAAUUUUGGAUGUCUUGUUCAUCCCACCUUGGGGAUAAGUCUCUAUGACUUCCGCGCUCAGCUCAGAGCCAAGGUACUCCCCGAAAGUAUAGUCAAGUUGACCCUAAUACAUCUCCUGCUUGCCCUUGAUUACCUUCACACAGACGCUGGAAUCGUCCAUACAGAUAUUCAAGAAAAGAACAUCAUGAUGGCCAUCGGAGACCCUUCGAUCUUAGCCGAUUUCGAAGAAGAGGAGAAGUCUGGUCCUAGCCCGCGGAAGUCCGUCGGCGAUCGAGUCAUCUAUGCUUCUCGAAAACUCAGGAGGACUACGCAACAUGGUCGUUCUACGCUGUGUGAUUUUGGUCAGGCUCGCCGUGGGUCAGAUACCUACCAUGGUGAUAUCCAGCCAUAUAUUUACAGAGCUCCCGAGAAUGCCGGAUGGCUGACGUGGGAUCUCUUCGAACAAGGACAUUUGUUCCACGGGCGUGAUUCGGACAAGAAAAGCUCUGAUGCCCAUCACAUCGCUGAAAUAAUUGCUAAUAGUGUCUAUGCGACCGAGUUCUUCGAUGACGAAGGGAACUGGAAGGGAGCAAUCGAAAUCCCUUCUAGAUCGUUAGAAACGCUCGAAGGAAAUCUGGAGGGUGAACCACGGCUACUUUUCCUCCGGUUCUUGCGCAAGAUGCUCCAAUGGAAGCCCGAGGAGAGGUUUUCGGCAAGAGAGCUCUUGGAAGACCCUUGGUUAAGGUCACCUUAAUGACCAGAUUUGCUUGGAGGGUGAAGUAGAAACGACACCGUAAUCUGAGUCUCGGUUGUGCUAGGCAUAGGGCACAUGGGAUGAUCUCG